GAAAAAUGAUAGAAGGGGAAAAAAUACAAAAGAAGGGCGAAAACGCGUGGCGCGCGCGUGUGUUAGCUAUUGUGAAAACUUCGACAAACGGCUUGCACAGUGGAGUGCACACAUACUCGCUCGGUGCUGGUAUAGGUAUAGCUCAUAGCUGAUUCAUUUUUAUCCUGCAGUUUCUCACCAGCCAAACAGAAAAUAAAAUUUAAUUAUCCACUAAAAAAUGAUCGGAGUCGGGAAGAUCAAGCAGUACUCCAACAUUCUCGACAAGCCCCUCAGCAAGGGCAAACAAGAGGUUAGCUUGAGUGCAUUUGCAUUCUUGUUUUCGGAGCUUGUUCAGUACAAUCAAACACAGGUUGAUAACAUUGCUGAAUUAGAAAGAAGGCUGGAGGACGCAGGGUAUGCAGUUGGGGCUCGAGUUCUUGAACUUUUAUGCCAUAGGGAUAAGGGAAAUAGAAGGGAGACUCGAUUGUUGGGUAUUUUAUCUUUUGUGCACAGUACUGUCUGGAAGGUGUUGUUUGGGAAGGUGGCUGACUCACUUGAGAAGGGCACCGAACAUGAAGACGAAUACAUGAUCAGCGAGAAGGAACUCCUUGUGAACAAGUUUAUUUCUAUACCAAAAGACAUGGGGACAUUUAAUUGUGGGGCAUUUGUUGCUGGAAUAGUGAGGGGUGUUUUGGAUGGUGCAGGAUUUCCAGCAGUAGUAACAGCUCAUUUUGUGCCUAUGGAGGGACAGCAAAGACCUCGGACAACUAUUUUGAUAAAGUUUGCUGAAGAGGUAUUGCGUAGAGAAGCGAGGUUAGGUUGACUACUAUUCCUGGGUUAUCUUGAGUUGUCCAUGUUCUGCAACACCGGGAAGGGAACAGUGAAUAUCAGCUGGUCUAUUGAUCU